CUCUCUCUCUCCGGGGACCACCGAUCGCCGCUGACUUUCUGACUGACUGACGGACGGACUGAUGGCGGAGCAGCACCUGCAGGCGUUUUUGGACGAUACGUCAUUCUAUAACCGCAUUGUCUUGGGACAUCUCCUGCCGUCGGCAUGGUGGCAACCUCUCCCUCACGUCUUGCAGACCUGGCUCCGCAAUUACAUCGCCGCAACCUUGCUUUACUUCAUCUCCGGCCUCCUCUGGUGCAUCUACAUUUACUACUGGAAGCGCAACGUUUAUGUGCCCAAAGAUGCAAUUCCGACAAAAAAAGCUAUUCUCUUACAAAUUUAUGUUGCAAUGAAGGCGAUGCCAUGGUACUCUGCUCUUCCAACUCUCUCUGAGUACAUGAUUGAAAGUGGGUGGACAAAGUGUUACUCUACUAUAAGUGAUUUCGGUUUGCCGCUCUAUUUAGUGCAAUUAGCUGCUUAUCUUGUUAUUUGUGAGUUUGGGAUUUACUGGGUGCACCGAGAACUGCAUGACAUAAAGCCUUUGUACAAGUAUCUACAUGCAACCCAUCACGUCUACAACAAGCAGAAUACUCUUUCUCCAUUUGCUGGUUUGGCAUUUCACCCCUUGGAUGGAAUACUACAGGCGGUACCACAUGUCAUAGCACUAUUCGUCGUGCCAACACAUUUUAGAUCUCACAUUGCACUCUUAUUCUUUGAGGCCAUAUGGACGGCUAACAUUCAUGAUUGCAUCCAUGCCAAGAUAUGGCCAGUUAUGGGUGCUGGUUACCAUACAAUUCACCACACUACAUACCGUCAUAAUUACGGCCACUAUACUAUCUGGAUGGACUGGAUGCUUGGAACCCUUCGGGACCCUGUUGAUGAUUCAUAUGGGAAAGAAAUGUGACUGUCCGCCAGUGUGUUUUCCCUGAAACUUGAAUGCUCCCUGAUUUAUGUUGGUUAGACUUGCAUCUAGAUCUCAGCUGAGUUUUGGGGAUCUUUGCAUGUAAGUCUUUAUGUCUGUAGCUUGGUUUCUCAGGUGUCUUCGACUGGAAUCUGUUACUCAAGGUACUAAGCCCCUGCAAGAAUAACUUGCUUAAACCAAACAAUUUUUUUUUUACAAUUUCGACAAAAUACCUCUGUGGCAAUAUAUCCCACGGUUCCCCUGUUCCGCUAGCUCCUGUCAUU